CAACUUGAAAAAGAAACUAAUGAAAUUCUAGAAGAAUUGGCAAAUUAUGUGAAGAAAGAAAGAAACACGCAAUUUCUAAACAGAAGAAAACUUUCGGAAGCGAAAACAGCAUUACGAUUUAAUGAACAGGAUUUUAAUGAUCGAAUGGAAAAAAUGGUGAACUUGAAAAUAUCUUUAGAGGUCCAAGAAAGUAAACUCGAAAAAUCAGGGAAGGCUUAA